AUGGGCGCAAAGGCGUGCAGCGAAGGCGACUACUACUCCACCGACGCAUUAGUCGCCGCCGAUUUUGCUCUUCCGACACACCUUCAUGAUCACACAAUCACCACUACGUCUACUGUUCUGCUAUCUGCUGCGUCACCACUUGAUGCUGACCACUGUGAGCUAAUGUGGUCCACUCGGGCCAAUUUUCCUGAUGAAGCUCUUCCCUCCCGUUAA